GCAAGUAGGCUAGGCGUCAGGAGCUUCUUGUCUUUGGAUGAAUCUGAGGAUAAAGAUGAAGUAAGUUUCAGGGUCAGUCAUCUUCACUCGAUUGGUUGAGGGAAUGAAGAAAGGUGGUGGUGGUGGUGGUGGUGCGGUGUGCGUGGUGUGGUGUGGUGUGGUGCAGUCUGUUCGUUCAGGAGGCUGUGAUGGAUCAUCCAGGACAAAGCUAAAGGAGACUUACAACAGGUCCAGUACAAUAGGUAUGCUGCACCGACGAACCAUGCAAGUAAACACCAAGCCCAAAAUCCCAAGGAAAACCCGUAAAAGGUGUCAACUGUCAAGAACCUUCAGACAGGACCCCUACUUAACCUUGAAUGGACGAUUUGGUUUCCGUCUCCCGCUCCCUGGAUGGCGCCGCAUCCACCCGGCGUUAAGCGGGGUUAAACUGUGCCAUAAAUAGUAUCACGACGGAGGAGCUCCUAAGCAGGGUCAUCUUGAAUAAGUUAGAG